AUGGACCGCAUGAUUGGCUGGGGCGACGACAGCGUACCUAGCGGACUCCCAAGCAUCUCUCACGACGACAACACACGAAAGCUGAACGACCAGAGGCAGCAACAGCAGCAGCAGCAGCAACAGCAACAAGCUGCCGCCGGCCCUUCGACCACCACUUCCGAUCGACUUGGUCUGCUACAGACAAACCUACCGUCGCCGGCCCCCUCGGCUUCCGUUCCAACACCUCCGCCUCCCGCCAAUCAACAGGCAUCGCAAUCAACCCCUACGGUAGCCACGUCCUCCAAGCAGAGUGCACCGCCCCAGACACCCCAGAACUGGUCUGUCCCCGGCCCGUCGAGUGCUCCGCGAACCUCAUCCUCCGCCAUGCCUACCUCUCCUGCGCCGGCAUUGGCCCCCCCACCUGAAGGCAUUUAUCGAUCAUUCGAAGACCUCUUGACUGCCGUACAACGGGUAGCUAAGGACCAGGGAUACGGGGUUGUCAAGCUUCGAUCGAGCAAUUAUCGGGAGGGGAAGCCCACGCGCUUUGACCUGGUGUGCGACCGUGGAGGAGUCAAGUACAGCAGUACUGCCAAGAAGCGCAACCCCAGCACGCGCAAGGUAGACUGUCCAUGGCGUGGGAAGGCCGUGUGUGAGGUACAGCUGGGAAACCAAUGGCGUUUCGUCGUGCAGGAAUCACGGCAUAACCACGAGCCGCGCGUGCCUACCGCGCCGCCAGGGCAAGAGAACACGCCGGUUGCGCAGAACAUCCGGAGCCUGACCAACAAGAUCGACCGCAUGACCCACGAGAUGACCCAGGGCUUCACCAGGUUAGAGUCGAGGUUAGAAAGUAUGGAGAAGCGCAUCGAAUCCUUUGAGCAAAGCCAACAGAGCCAAUUGAGCCAGCAGAAUCAACAGCCCCAGCAGAACCAGCAGAACCAUCAUAACCACAUGAUUCAGAACCGUGUUCCCAUGAUGAGCGGGCCUAUGCUGGACGGUAGGAUCAACCAAAUGGAAGCCCGCAUGGAGGCCAUCGAACGGGGUGGCAUGGACAUGCAGCUUGGCGGCAUGGACGACCCGACGACGAGGCUGCUCACGGGCGGUCCGACCAUGUAG